CAAAUAGGAGAAAGAGGGAGAGAAAAACGACAGAGCGAGAGGGGGUGAGUGCGUGCGUGGAUGCAAGGGCUGCUGGAUGGAAAGGAAAAAGAAGAAAAAGACUUCAAAACUCGCGAAUGGAAUGUUUGUAACAGUUUUAGAUGCUCAAACAUUGAGUUGUAACGGAUUUCUUAUGCGUGGUAAGGAAAUGACCACGCGAGGAUAAUUAAGCGUUUUAUUUAUUUUUAUUUUUUUUAAAUACCCGGAACAUAAUGAUAAUAAUUUGAAGAAUACAUGAGAGGAAGUGGAGGAAGCUUGCCCCCUGUCCCUCUAUUGUUACCCUCGUUUCAUCUAGCGCUGCAAGGAUUCUUGUAAUAGCUUCACGUACUCAACUAUAGCAAGCAAACAAUUUUCUCUUUAUUUUGGGGGCUUUUACCCCCAAACCAUUCCCCUUCUCACAGUAUCCAUUUUUGUUUUUAAGAAGAAACUUGGGGACAUACGAGGAACAGAAGCAUAUUAUUUUAGCAGACAGUUACUAGUGUGGCAUUAAUAUUCUGCAGCGUUCAAAUAGGGUUUUGGUGGGGGUGAGAGGUGGCGGGCCUGGGGGGAGGGGGGUUUUCGCGAUGGAACUGGAGUUUUACAACACUUAGCUAGCAAAAUAUUUUACCAGGACAAUAUCUGCAAACAGUACACGGCUAUGUGUUUUAAAAACAAUUUUCUUACUGGAAUGUCUUCAACACACAACUGCGUGGGACACAGGAAUAGAGACUAAGGAAGGGAGAGAGCAAGGGAAGGGGAAAGAGAGAUAUCGGAGGAUUAUGGCUCUCGUGGCGUUGUCUCUCUGUCUCAUAACGCUCACCUGUACGAACUUCUACCUGGUGUAUGCCAACCGACAUGCAGUCCACUGGAACAGCUCAAAUAUACAUCUCCGUAGAGAAGGCUACACGGUGCAGGUGAACGUGAACGACUACCUGGACAUCUACUGCCCGCACUACAACGACAGCCAGCGGGGCGUCGGGGAGCAGUAUGUCCUCUACAUGGUCAGUUACCGGGGAUACCGCACGUGCGACCCCCAGCUGGGCUUCAAGCGGUGGGAGUGCAACCGACCGCACGCCCCGCACGCGCCCAUCAAGUUCUCCGAGAAGUUCCAGCGAUACAGCGCCUUCUCCCUGGGCUAUGAGUUCCACGUGGGCCAGGAGUACUACUACAUCUCCACGCCCACCCACCACCACGGCCGCAGCUGCCUGAGACUGAGGGUGUACGUCUGCUGCUCCACCACCUCUGACGUGGACGAGGAGUCCCAGCCGACCCAGCCAGACUACACGCUCAGACCCAACAUUAAAAUCCACGACAUCGAUGAGUUUAACCCUGAAAUCCCCAAGCUGGAGAAGAGCAUCAGUGGCAGCAGCCCCUCCCGCGAUCGCCUGCUGCUCACCGUGGCAACGCUCUUCCUCGUCGCCCUCUCCGUCUCCUAGCACCCGUCUCCACAGCCGCGUCGCACCAGCCAGCCCUGGCAGAGCAGCGGGGCGAACCAGGGGCACGGGCGCAG